GUCACGUGUAUCGAAAUGGACAAUACAGUUCUUGUGCUUAUGUUAGGAACGACAUCGUUUUUUAGUUCCAAAACGAUGCGUGCGGAGGAUAGCCUAAGAUACUCUGUUGAAACCAUAUUUGUUCAUCAUCAUCAUCAUUGUGGUUCUAAAACCCCAAUUUCAAGUGGAAUGACUCCAAGCAAAGGAAGUUCAUCAUGUUCGAAUCGCCGUGGAAGACAUGGUGGUUCUAACUGUAGUGAUUUCGGGCAUGUUGAUAAUAGUAACAUCAGAAAAGUUGAAACGAUAAAAAGAGAACACCCAAAUGCUAUGUGGUUUAUAUGCUGUAAUCUUCAUUUCAAGGACUCCAGAAAAUUCUGGGAAGUUGUUUUUCGGAUGCCCGCUAUACAAGGAAAGGCUUUUUCACUAUAAGUUCUUUGCAUGGGUUGACCUGAUUAUUAAGAGAAAGUCUAGGGAGCCAAUGGCCUAAGCGUACAAUGUGUACAAUGAAGGUUUAGGGAGUAUUAGAGAUAUCAUUAUUAGUGUUACGUUAUCCUGUCAGGUUACGCUUUUGGGAUGAGUGGUUUCAGGACAUGGUAUAAGAGUUCCAGAUGCGGAAGGUCAAGAGUUCGAACCUUGGUGAACCCAAAAUUAACUUUUUAUAACAUGAGAUGUUUAUUAUCCCUGGUAUCCGGAUAGUUAUCCUUGGUAUCCGGAUGGUUAUUCUGCAUAGUAUAAGUGAUGUUCAUUUAAUUCAUAAACCAAAGAUUUAGCCCAUUGUACAUAUUGUACACUUAGACCAUUGGCUCCCUAGCACUACUCGAUUAUUAAUAUCAAGAAUAAUCAUGGUGCUGUGGAAGAUGUUAUGUUGGGUGGUGUUGAUGUUGCUAAUGUUGGUUCGUUGUGUGCUACUGCUAAUAAAGUGCAACAAAAACUCAUGGAGCUGCAAAGCAGAGUCGACAUGUUAGAGGUUCAUCAAAAUAGUGCCCCAAAGAUUGAAUGCAAAAGUAGAUGUACUAGUAUAGUGUUUGUUAUCGUUGUCUUUGCAGUGUUAAUAUUGACACUAGUAGUAGCCAUUGUUGUUUUGUAAGUGUAAGGGCCUAGAUUUAGUCAAAUGAAUAAUGUUGAAAAUGUCUAAUUUAGUUGUUA